UUUCUGCAGCUGGCUGCUAAAAUUCUACUACUAAGUACUAGUACUGUUUUUUGCUCUUCACUUCUCUCUUUCUCCGUCAAUCCUCCGAUCUCUUCUCUCUCUCUCUCUCUCUCUCUCUCUCUCUAUAUAUAUAUAUAUAUAUAUAUACAUCUUCCACCGUAAUUACACGCAGUAAUCACACACAGUUUGUUUUCAAUGGAGUCGCUUUCUCCGGUGAUCGGACAGAAAGCGAUUCUACAAACAAUUAAUAACACCAAUCACAAUCACUUUUUAACUUCCGUAACUUUACGGAAUUUGAAUAGGGAUUGCCGGAGAUUGAGAAUUCGAGUAGUAUCGAAAAAUGGUGAUGCUGCUGGAGCUGGUACUGCCGGAGGCGGAAUUGAUUCUAGUGAUCCUGAUUGGAAGUUGAAGUAUCAGAAAGAAUUCGAAGCUCGUUUUAGUAUUCCUCAUAUUAACGAUGUCUUUCAUGAUGCAGUUUCGUAUCCUUCUACUUUUUGUCUUAAAAUGAGGACUCCAAUAACCGAAAAGUUUGCAGAAGGUUACCCCUCAGAUGAAAAAUGGCACGGCUACAUUAAUAAUAAUGACAGAGUACUUCUUAAAGUAAUUAAUUAUUCCUCCGCGACAUCUGCUGGUGCCGAGUGCAUUGAUUCCAAUUGUUCAUGGGUAGAGCAAUGGGUUCACCGUGCUGGUCCUCGAGAGAAAAUAUAUUUCAAGCCAGAAGAGGUGAAAGCAGCGAUUGUAACUUGUGGUGGACUUUGCCCCGGACUUAAUGAUGUUAUUCGACAGAUAGUAAUCACCCUUGAGAUAUAUGGAGUGACGCGAAUUGUGGGAAUUCCUUUUGGAUAUCGUGGGUUUUCGGAAGAAGAUUUAGCUGAAAUGCCAUUAUCCCGGAAAGUAGUGCAAAAUGUUCAUCUUUCGGGAGGAAGCUUGCUGGGAGUAUCACGUGGAGGACCUAAAGUUAGUGACAUAGUGGACAGCAUCCAGGAAGGAGGAAUCAACAUGCUCUUUGUAUUGGGAGGAAAUGGUACACAUGCUGGUGCAAAUGCAAUUCACGAUGAGUGCCGGAAAAGACGUAUAAAGGUGGCUGUAGUUGGUGUGCCAAAAACCAUAGACAAUGAUAUUAUGCUUAUGGAUAAGACAUUUGGUUUUGAUACUGCUGUUGAAGAAGCACAGAGAGCUAUUAAUUCUGCUUACAUUGAGGCGCACAGUGCAUAUCGUGGUAUUGGAAUUGUGAAGUUGAUGGGCCGUAGUAGUGGAUUUAUAGCUAUGCAAGCUUCCCUAGCUAGCGGACAAAUAGACAUAUGCUUGAUUCCGGAGGUGCCUUUUAAUUUGCAUGGACCGCAUGGUGUAUUGAGACAUCUAAAAUAUCUGCUCGAGACAAAGGGAUCAGCUGUGGUCUGUGCAGCAGAGGGAGCUGGGCAGGGUUUCCUUGAGAAAACCAACGCAAAAGAUGCAUCUGGAAAUGCUGUACUUGGAGACUUUGGUGUUUAUUUGCAACAAGAGGUUAAAAAGUACUUCAAGGAGCUCGGAGAGACAGCUGAUGUUAAAUACAUUGAUCCUACUUACAUGAUCCGUGCAUGCCGCGCAAAUGCUUCAGAUGGUAUUCUGUGCACGGUACUUGGGCAAAAUGCUGUUCACGGUGCAUUUGCUGGAUAUAGUGGUAUCACAGUGGGUAUAUGCAACACUCAUUAUGUCUACUUUCCAAUUCCAGAAGUCAUCUCUAAACCCAGGGUGGUCGACCCUAACAGUCGCAUGUGGCAUCGUUGCUUGACAUCCACAGGCCAGCCAGAUUUUAUUUGAAUCAGGACACUACUUAAUUUAUACUUCAUGAUGUCUAUCGUAAUGUAAAUUAGAUAAGCAGGGAGCCAAAUUGAUAAGGCGUACGGCUUUGUCUGUUCCAUUUGUUCAAGAAAUAACAUGGAAAAUAGGAUCUUUCCAGUUUUUUUUGCUCGGAAUACAUUGUUUUGAUGCCAGUUCCGACGGGCGUAUUUAUAAAUGAAGCUUCGACCGAGAUUAAGAGUGGCGUUUUCACUUGUUCCUCACAUUCUGUAAAGGUAUGUUAACGGUAUAGCAUCAGUUAUGUUCAUUCAUAUGGAAUUCACUCCUUGUUCUAUAGAACUAUUCAAUAAUUUAUGAUAUGAGAAAACUGAAUUCUUGUAUGUACAUUCAAGAAUAUACUGGGCACUGAAUGUGAUUGUUAUAUUAUUCAGAAAUUGAAGAAAAAUGUCUGUUAUAUUUC